AAAAUUUCUAUUAAUUUCUUCAAAUGAAACGGAAACAAAACGACAGCGAAUCUUCCUCAACUUCUCAACAUCCUCAAGGGAAAACGACAAAAAAGGCAGAGAUUGUAGACUUUGAUGAAGCUUUUGGACUUCUUGAAGAUCCAUUGGAGGAUAUUGUGACGGAAACAUUGCAAACUGAGGUCCCCCAACCUUCCGAUAUCCAAAUUCAACCACCAUUAGAACAACAACCGACAUCUGUUAAUUCAAUUGAAGAGGAAAAAUCGGCAAAAAAGGACGACGUAGACAACACUGAAAAAUGUGAAGAAAUAUUAAAGCAAUUGAUGCCGUCGACAAGUAAACAAAGAAAAAGUUUGGAAGAGGAAGAUGAUUUGUUGCCUCCUAAAAAGAUUAAUGAAGAGGAUGAAUUGGCAAGGCUUAAAUUGCAAAUCCUUCUCGCCAACUUUACCCAAGAACAGCUUGAACGUUAUGAAACGAUGAGACGUGCCAGUUUUCCAAAAUCGGCGAUUCGACGGUUGAUUAGCCAAUUUGCUGGUGUUUCUGUUGGACAAAAUGUGGUUAUUGCGAUUGCUGGUAUGGCGAAGGUGUUCACUGGAGAGUUGAUUGAAGAAGCACUAGACAUCCAAAAAGCUGAGCGUGAAUCCAACAAAGAAGCUUCAACAUCAUCCUCUAAGCCUUUAACGCCUCGACAUUUGCAAUUGGCGUUAGACAAGCUUGACAAGCAAGGGAAGUUGUUUCCGGCUAGACCUAGAAGAUGUACAUUUUUAGAAAGAAGAUUCUUUUGA